AGACUAACGUGGGAUACCGGAUAGCGAUAGACAGACCGCCAGGCACCACCGCACCACACACCACUCGUCCGGUCGUCCCUGACUCAGGCCACUGACAACGACCACCGGAAUCCGCAUGCUGGCGCUGAUGACCACCUCUUCCGCGUUCUCCGCCCCUCUCCUUUCGUUCCGGCCGCCGCCUCGCCUCCCCAUUAACCGCCUGCGCCUCCACCCCCGCCGUCACGCUCUGUUCCGCUGCGACGCGGUGUCCGAGAUUGCCCCGGCCGCCUCAGCCGCCUACGGCGUCCUCCUCCUGGGCGGCGGCGCCUUCGCAUAUGCAAGGUCGGGGAGUAAAGGCUCCAUCUACGGGGGGCUGGCUGGAGCUGCGCUCAUGGGCGCUGCCUAUUAUCUGAUGCAGUCGCCUGAGACGAUGGCAGCAGGUGAUGCUGUUGGAUUUGGAUCUGCCUUUCUAUUUGCCUGCGUGUUUGGUAUCAGGUUGUAUAACAGCCGGAAGCUGGUGCCAUCUGGCCUUCUUCUAGCCCUUUCUCUUGGUGCCUUGGGCGUCUUUUACUCUGCUUACCUGCAAGACAAGGUGUAAGCCAAUUUGAUUCAGUAGCUGAAGAGUGCGUAUCAUCUGAAGCUUCCUUGAAGGCUUGCUCUGUUGGGUUGUAGUCGUAGAUGUAGAACUUUGGAUACUGUCGGUGCACCUUCCUUUCGUUGCAGUUGUAACAGAGAGCAUCUAGUGUUAUUGGUUUGCCAAUGAUAAUGAUGUUCAAGCUUUUCAGUGGCCAGUGUGCUGAUUGCAUCGUUUUACGUGGGCCGAGUGUUGGCGGAUGAAUGAAUAGGGCCGGCCUGUUGUUGCCUAGGACGAUCGUCGGUGCAGAGUACAAGAACGUUUUGUUGGCUUGCUAUUUCCACGGGCAGCUCGACAGGGUACAUGUACAUAUAUUUUGUUGGCGUUGGACUGUUGGAGGAUGGACAUGAAUCCCGCAACGACUAUCAUGUGCACUGGUCUAUAUAUUUGGCAGUCA